AUGUCGCGGUUCGGUGCGCACCACCGCACUAUCCCUGCGCUCAGAUCGGCUCUUGCGACUGGAACGCGUUCGACCUUGUCGGUAAAGGUAAUGUAUAAAGACACUCGGCUUCAACGCCUCGCGAAUCUGUCUGCUUCAAGCGGGAGCGCGUGUUGA